AAUAAAUUUAGCAAUUCCUAAAAUGAACAUAUCAUGCUACAAAAGCCCUAAAAUAAGAAGAGUAGCCCAGAAGUUUGACAUCGAUUCACUUAAACUCAACAUCCUGCGCAAAUAAGCUUGCUUCUCUCAAAAGGAGCAGGUUUAUGAUGUCCUGCAAUGAUGCAGUUGUGCUUUCCCAACCUCGGAAACGGGCAAAUAAUUCUAAUUUCUGUAAUAAAGUUCUGAGAGUCUCUUAUAAUAACUUAUUUCGUGAGAGAUCAAUGUCUCAUCAAAGAACUUCUGAAAUCACUUCUGAAAGAAGUUCUCACACUGGAAAUCAAUCAAUUGAAGGUCUGAUGAAGAUACAAGAGACUAAGCCUGUCUAUCAAGCUGUCAACAAGAAGAUGAUUCAACAUGAAAGAAUCAAGAAGGUCAUGGAAAGAACCUAUCUUAAAAAUCUAAAGAAUAUAACACAGAAAUACAAUUUUGAUAAGAUUCAAGAUUUUAGAGUUCGUUUUAAGGAUAAGUGAGGUUUCAAAACUGGAAAUAAAGAUGAGGAACUUGAGCAAGAUCCUGAUUUACCACAUAUUCCUCUGAUAAAAUUUUCAUCCUGCAAACAGACUCCGAUUAAUCUGAGUUGCACUAGUUCACCCAUGAAAAAGGUUGACUAUACUCCCAGGAACUUGAGAAAUUUGAUAGAAAAACCGAGAAAAAUUAGAUGAAAUAUGAGUUACCUUGAGAGAUGACCAAAACAAGAUUUUGACUCAUUAUAA